GAGGCUAAAGGAGAGGAAAGUUGCAUUGCACCGAAGAGUCCAGUUGUGCUCCCAGACGCUUUGACUGUUGUGGACAGUGUGUUACGGUUGGGGGGAGGAGGGCGAGAGAUCGAUGUAGGAAUAACAGGGGCAGACAAGAGGCAACUGAAAAGCGACAACGUCCAACUUUUUGUGCCUCUCCGUUUCCCUCCGCACAGGGAGGCUGGGCUCGCUCUGCUUUGCUUUGCUCCUGCUCUUCGAGGGGGAGAAAACUGGCCCCACGCCGGGCAGUUGUUUCAGGCGGAGGCUUGCCCCUCCAGCUCCCCGUGGCCAGCAGGGCUGGCCCGGUUCCCCGCUCGCCAUCCGCUCCCUGAGCUCGCCCAGCUCGCGCCGUGGAGGGGACCUGGGCGCGUCUCCCCACCACCCCCCACCCAAGCCCCGGCUCCUUGUCCAGUCUCGCCCCGGCUUCCCUCCGGCUCCUGCCCAUCCCGUCCUUCCCUGCGGACUAGGCGGCUCCGGAUGGCGGCUCCACCCGCAGCCCCGGCCCCCGAGCGCCCUGCCCGGCUGCGGGGGCAGGAGCCGGGUCCCCGCCCCGGGAGCGGGCGGCGGCGCGCGAGGGUACCAACGAAGAUAAUGGAGGGUCGAAAUAACAGAUGACUCGAUGGAACGAACUAGCGUCCAGAAUUCCGCAAGAAGCUGGGGAGUCUCAUGUACUUGCUUGCUACGAAGGGCAGAAAUGGGUUAAACAACAUUGUCACCGUUAAUUGUUGGCAUCAGAUUAAUACUGUGCCGGGGUCGCAUUAUUAAACCAACCAGGAUACAGAUACACAAGGCAAACUAAAGGUUUCAACUGCUAUUCAGCGCCUCCUCAUUUGUCCCGGAGCCCUAACAGUGGUGCCUUUUCUUUCCUGGCUGCUUUUCCCUGCUUCUGGAGCAGCAGUUAUGGUAGAAGCAGAUGGCUACUGAUUGGGGGCUUUCACCUAUGGCUGCGUUGUACCAAGCGGAUCUGGGUUGGCUUCCCGACGGGACAAAGCCUUGUGAGAGAGAGCUCCGGGAGUCUCCUCGCCCCAGUGCUGAGAGGUCAGUGACAAAGCAGGGCGCUGUCCCAUCAGAACCAUCCUGCUCUCCCUGCGCUGCUGCGAGGGAUGCAGGGAGGCGCAGGUCAGUGGGUGAGGAGUUGUCCUGGUCCCUUCUUUUUCUGCGUUCUCGGCCACACUGCGAGCCCCAAGCGGGGCAGAACCCCUUCCUGAGGUGACCCAAGGAGACCCUGAGGCGUCAACUUCCGACACUGCUAUAAAGCCAGAAGAGGAACACCCCCCCCCCCAUUGCUAUCACUACGCUCUCCUCAUAACUUUUCAGACCCCCUCCGGAUGUGCAGAGCCUGGUCUAACACCGCCCCCCCUUGCUAUUCCUUACUGCUAAAGUGUGUUUAUUCAGAGGAAAGCCACUUGUUUAUUCCAGGGCUAAAGAAGAAAGGUUCCAAGCAGCGAGGAAGCAUCCAAAUAUCCCAGACGAAACGGGGGAAAAUUUAUUAUAUUUCAUUUUAGAAAAACAUUACAUAUAGCUUUCAUGGUCUCUUUGCAUCAGAAGAGAGAGUCUCCCAGGGGAAGGACCCUGAGUAAAUUCACGCUGGAGGAAACUGAAUGCCAAGCCCAUCUUACUGUGGGCAAGAGGUCCUUUUGGUUUCUAAAAUUAAAGAAAAAACAACAGCAAUAGACAACAGAAUUGCCUAUCACCUGGAAAGACACUUGCAAGCCAAGUCAGCGCCAAGGCUCUUCCUUGCAUUGUAAGACCAAACCCCGUUGGCUGAAAAGUAACAUUUCCGAAAGUCAGAGUCCUGUCUCGCUCGUUUUAGAUCCCAAAGUUUAAUAGUUGGUGGAAUUCCACACAGGGCUUUAACGAUCCAGAGGAUAACUCCCCAGAAAGGGACCUUUGCUGAAUAAACAAGAGGAGAAAAAAUUCUGCAAGCGCACCCGGGGCCCAAAGCCAGGGAGUGGAUUGUAAAUGCAGCGAGAUACUUGCAAACAGAGCACCCAGGACAGCAGCCCGACCCUCUCCCACUGCCAUGGAAAUACACUGAUACCACAGACCCUGGGGGGAACACGGAGCGCAGCUCAGCCUUCGCCACUUUCUGCUUUCCUGGCGUUUGGGAUUAUAUUCUGACCUGAUUCCUGCCAGAGACUGGGAUGCUCGUACAUAGUACCUGUACACUUCACAAGUCACAUUUGACUGAAUCUCUCCCCUUGUAGAACAAGUGAUGGAGGACGCCGGCGUUCAAAAGGGUAUAUGGGACGGAGACGCCAAGGCAGUCCAGCAAUGUUUGACGGAUAUUUUCACCAGCGUUUACACCACCUGCGAUAUCCCGGAAAAUGCUAUCUUCGGCCCUUGCGUACUCAGCCACACUUCUUUGUAUGACAGCAUCGCUUUCAUAGCGCUUAAAUCCACUGACAAGAGAACCGUCCCUUACAUAUUCCGGGUGGACACUUCAGCAGCAAAUGGCUCCUCCGAAGGUCUAAUGUGGCUCCGUCUGGUCCAGUCAGCCAGAGAUAAAGAAGAACAGAACCUAGAAGCUUACAUCAAAAAUGGACAAUUGUUUUAUCGGUCCCUUCGCAGGAUUGCCAAAGACGAGGAGUUACUAGUUUGGUACGGGAAAGAACUGACGGAAUUACUGUUGCUCAACACCGCCAGAUCCCACAGCAAGAUGAACGGGUCGCCCCCGUACUCCUGCCUGGAGUGCAGCCAGCGUUUCCAGUUCGAGUUCCCCUACGCGGCCCACCUGCGGUUCCGCUGCCCCAAGCGACUGCCCAGCUCGGAGCCCGAGGAGCCGCGCGGCAAGGACAGCGGCAAGGAGCCGGCGGCCAGCCUGGGGCCCGGGGCCACCAAAUACUGCAAGCCCGGCGGGCCGCUCCACCCGAACUACCCCAGCCCCCAGGACAGGGACAGCAACAGCAACGCCAAGCCCUCCACGGACUUCCACAACCUGGCCCGCGAGCUGGAGAACUCCCGGGGCGGCGGCGGCAGCUCCCCGCGCCGCAGCCCGCCCGCGCCGCCGCCGCCGCCGCCCCCCCAGGCCGGCGCGGGCAGCAAAGCCAAGCGGAAAUACCCGGAGGAGCCGGGCGAGGAGCGGGGCCAGGGGGCCGGCCGGGGCCGCUUGCCCUCCUCCCCCAAGGAGGACCUGGUGUGCACCCCGCAGCAGCAGUACCGGCCGGCGGGCAGCUACUUCGGCCUGGAGGAGAGCGGCCGCCUCUUCGGGCCGCCCAGCCCGGAGACGGGCGAGGCCAAGCGCAGCGCCUUCGUGGAGGUGAAGAAAGCCUCGCGCGGGCUGGAGGCCGAGGGCGGCGAGGAGGCGGCGGCGGCGGAGCAGCAGCAGCCGCAGCCGCAGCGCGCCUCGCCCGCGGGCGCCGGGGACCCGCUGCUGGGCGCCCGGCCGGGCGGGCCGCUCUCCGGGGGCAGCCCGGCGCGGGGCAGCGCCUUCACCACGGUGCCGCAGCUGGGCAAGGCGGAGGAGCGGAAAAGCGCCUUCUCCCAGCCGGCCCGCUCCGCCUUCCCCCACGUGGCGCCGCUCGGGCUGGCCCAGAAGCUGGGCGAGCCCUGCCCGGAGGCCGCCGCCCGCCUCUACCCGGCCGACCCGCUGGCCGCCGAGCUGCCCGGCGCCGGCGGGGCGCCCAAGCAGAGCCCCUUCCUCUACGCCACCGCCUUCUGGCCCAAGAGCUCGGCGGCGGCCGGGCCGCUCCAGCUGCAGCUGCCCUCGGCCCUGACCCUGCUGCCGCCCUCCUUCACCUCGCUGUGCCUGCCGGCCCAGAACUGGUGCGCCAAGUGCAACGCCUCCUUCCGCAUGACCUCCGACCUGGUCUACCACAUGCGCUCCCACCACAAGCGGGAGUACGCCCUGGAGCCGCUGGUCAAGCGCCGCCGCGAGGAGAAGCUCAAGUGCCCCAUCUGCAACGAGUCCUUCCGCGAGCGCCACCACCUCUCCCGGCACAUGACCUCCCACAACUGAAUGCCCCCCCCCGCCCCCCCGGUGUAUAGUGACACACACACACACACACACACACACCCAGUGCAACCCUCCCGGGAGCCCAACGCACCGUGGCCCUCCUCAGCCCAUCGCUGGGCAGGCACUGCGGGGGGUGGGGGGGGUCUGGAUCCCAGUGGGCCUUCGUUUUCCAAGCUGAUUUGGGGUGUUUCAGAGAUGGGACCCGCUGCUGCUGGUGAGAGAGACAAGCUUGCCCGCUUACCUAGGGUGGCCAGAUAGAAAGUGUGAAAAAUGGAGACGGGUGGGGGGGAAAUAGGCUCCUAUACAAGAAGAAACCCCGAUUAUUGGGACUGGCCCUAAAAAAAUGGGGACAUCUGGUCACCCUAAGCUUACCCAGAGCUCUUCUUCAGGUUUUUUUUUUUUGGGGGGGGGGGGUUGGUUUUUUUUAGCAACCCACCUGAGAUGCCAAGGUCAGCUCCCCACUUGCCAAAAUUGGUCAACCUUCAUUGUCCUGGAUGGAGCUAUGAUAAUUUACAUCAGUGGAGGAUCUAUCUGGCCCUUGAUUUUCAGAAGGCAGGUGCCUACUACUUUCUGAAAGUCAGGCCUCUUGAAGGUGUUUCUGUUUGAACAAACACCCCAAAUCCUUAGUCGCUUUUGAAAGUGUGGGCCUUUACCUUGCAACAUACCAGACCAACCGGGGGAAGGGUUGGAUUUUUUCUUUCUUUCUUUCUUCUGUUCGAAUGCACGCAUUUUCACUUUCCCAAAAAAAUAAAUAAAAAUAAAAAAACUUUAAAACUAAUAAAGUACAUUUUUUAAAAUGUCAUAUAUUGCAACAUAUUGAUGCAUUUGUCAUACCUUUCUACUUAAAUUAUUAAGCACUUAUGGUUUAGAUGUAAUAAUUAUAUGUAAGGGUAAAUUUUUAUUUUAGAUAUAAAGUAAAAAAAGGAAGGAGGAUGCAAUGCUUUCUGCAUUUGAUGACAGUUUGUGUUCUUUAAAAAAAAAAUAAUCAAAGGACUUGACUCUAUUUAAGUUUCCAAGGGGGAAGUGCAUGUAUCAUGAAAUGAUUAUGGACUUCAGUGCAGAAUAUCCUCAAUUCUGUAAAUAUGUAUUUCCUUUUAAUACAAAGUGUAAUUUUGUGCCAGUGAAAUUAAGUCUGCAUAGUUAUGUGUUUCUUUUUUUUCCCUUAAAAAGAUUUUAUUCAACUUUAUAGUUUAUCUGGGUAUGUUGGAUGCUUUGACAAUAAAUGACUUUAUUUU